AGCUUUGCGGCUCAAUUUUGCCUCUUUCAUUGAAAUGUAUGGCGUUCAAAUGGGUGGUUGCUUUAGUCGGUUUUCUUGUUCUUGCACUUCUGCAUCGCCAACUUAUUUCUUCGGACUGGUGGGUGAGGUGCAGAAUCCACACCAGCCCGGAAUUGGCUACGUAUCCUGCGCGCAGUACACCUACUGGAGUCGGUUGGAACGUUGAAGGUUGGGAUCGAACGUAUCGGUGCUUUGAAAAGGAAAUCUCAUUAGUUGUGGGUAUCCAUGGUGUCCAUGCUUCGGCGGGCCUGACGCAGCAGAACAUUGGGUUGUUGCACGGUUUUGCUGCAGCGUACCUGCUUGGAGCUGUUGCCAUCGUUGAGCCUUUGCUGAUCACGGCUUCAGGUUCACAAGUUUCCUUGCAGCACUAUUACAACACCGCAACCAUUGCCAAUGGCCUCAGCCAAUUGAAUAUGACGUUUAUUCCAAGUAGACCUCCCAGCGCGAAAGUUGUCACUUUGAAGCAGGAUCCUGAAAUGAGAGGAGACCGCAUGCAAUCAAUUUGUUCCAAAGUUCGCGCGCUUACGCAAGAGACAAAUAUCACGAGUGUUUUUGUCGACCUGGGAGUGGGGCCAGGUUUUCUGAGGGUGGAGGCAUGGAACUUGGGGUUGGCGUCGUUCAUCGGCCAGCAUUUAGAAUAUAGGCAGGACUUCAAGAUGGCAGCGCAAAAGAUAUCCGACAGUUUGCAGCACACGUUCAACGGGUUUCAUCUACCUUCGUCAAAGGAAGCUUGGCCGAUUUCGCAAUCGCAAGAAAUGGUUUCACGAUUACAACAGCUGGAGUUCUCCUUCAACACAACGAUCUUUGUUGCGGCAGAGGCGCUGGACAAAGUUGCCAGAUUGGGCGGCGACUUCCCAUAUCGCGCAGUGACGAUUGCAAAUUUUUCCGAACACCUGAGCGCCUUGGGUUUGUCGUCGCCACAUGUAUUUGGGCCCAUUAACCAACUGGUUUUGGAGAAGGCAACAAAGUUCACAGGUUACAGUAUGUCCUUCUUCAGCAACGCCAUUGCAUGGCAACGAUGGCUUCGCAAAGGCUUGUGUGACAAGGCUCUUGAUUCAAACACUUUUUUUGACAAUAGGAGUGGACCAAUGUUCUUCUGGAGGGGAGAUUGGCCAUUUCGGCGGUGGCGGGACGAGAAGGAUGUACAUCGUCAAGCAGCUUUGCCGAAAAGAAUUGAGAGUCAGACUUGUCGCUUCGUGUUUUUUGCUGGAAUUGAAGGCACAGGCCAUCAUGUAUGGCACAGUCUUUGGAAAAAACUCGGGCCCUCUGCGGCUAGCUCAAUUCCACUGACCUAUGCUUUGUACGACCAUUGGAACAUGACUGGUUUCUUCAACACUUUUGACGGAGAAGUUCGGGCGCGGUCAGCUGAGAGCAUCAAGCAACUGAUGAUCAGCAUCAGCCAGAACCAUAGCACUCCUAAUGAUGUGACAAUGAUUGCACUCAAUGUUGGGUAUCGUGAUCAGGAACUUACAGGAAUGAUGUCGUAUCCCAAUUUCAUGGGUCAGGACAGGGCAAUUCAAAACCCAGACGUUCACGCGUUGGCCAAUUUGGCUGAAGCUGCUGGGGUUGAUUUGCGCAUUGCGCUGAUGCUGCGACAUCCUGCUAGCACUGUUCGAAGUGGUCUUCGUCGAAACUUUGAGCCAGAUUGGCUGCACGCCGUGAAAACGUACACUUUAACUCUGGCCCUAUUGACCGCGCAGCUAAAUUUGAUCGAUCCUUCGUUUAUAGCUUGCUGGGACUACGAAACCCCAACUGCAGGACUCAGUGAUCUUCUGUCUUCUAUCGGUGCACGACAACACCCUACGGAUUUUGACAAAGUUAUGGACAAGGAGUUUCACGCCGAUUCGUCAGAGAAAGACAGCACGGACACGCGCAAAGUGCGCGAAGCUUUGCAGACAGCAGUGGGGAUUUACAAUGAACUUCGUGACAGAUGGUGCGUUCCACGUUUGAUGCGCAUUAGACAUUGAUGAUUCAAAGUUGCAAGAUGUGGGAA